ACCCGGGAGCAAAAUAAAAAUGGGUGAUGUUGAAAAAGGCAAAACGAUUUUUGUUCAGAAGUGUGCCCAGUGCCACACUGUGGGAAAGGGAGGCAAGCAUAAGACUGGACCAAAUCUCCAUGGUCUGCUUGGGAGGAAGACAGGUCAGGCCGCUGGAUGCUUGUACACAGAUGCCAGCAAGAACAGAGGCAUCACCUGGGGAGAGGACACCCUGAUGGAGCAUUUGGAGAAUCCCAAAAUGUUUAUUCCUGGAACAAAAAUGAUCUUCGCUGGAAUUAAGAAGAAGGGAGAAAGGGCAGACCUAGUAGCUUAUCUUAAAAAGGCUACUAAUGAGUAAUUCCACUGCCUUAUUUAUUACAAAACAAAUGUCUCAUGGCUUUUAAUAUGUACCAUAAUUUGAUUCAUACACCAAAAUUUAGAUCAUGAAUGGCUAACCAUGUUUUUAUUGAACAGUCCUGAUUUAAGUAAAACUGACUUGUAAAGUGGGUAUGAUCUUUUUAAAAAAUAACAAUUCCAGUCGCAUAAAUAAUAUCACUGCUCUCCCUUUCUCCAGACAGGAAUGGACUUAAUUCUACUUUCCACAAAGAUGGGUGUCACCUCAAACUUAUUGAAUGGUUGUAUACUUAAAUGUAUAUAACUGGGAAUAUGAGUAUGUUUAAACACUGGGAAAAUCUACCGCCGUCUCAGGAAAGAGAAGACUCACCUGUGAUUCAGUUUGUGUUCACUGGCCUGUUACAGGCAAUGGCUACAUGUCAGGAAGCAACUGUCUACUCUUGACUUAAUGAUGUCAUUUUAGUUAGAAUUCCUUAAGUCAAAGAAAGCUGCCUUUUACCACUGAAAGGUACUUUUUGUAGUCUAUGUAUAAUAUCAAAUAAAGAGUAUUUAGCACUUUAAAAAAAUUAAAUCCAAAAGAAAAACUCUUUGUGUCUACGGGCCAGUAAGACAGCUCACUAGAUAAAGGCAUUUACUGCCAAGCCUGAGCACUGAGUCCAAUCCCAGGACCCACACGAUGGAAAGAUAGG